UAAACAGAAAUGUUCAGGAGUUUUUAAAGUGAAAAAUUUUUCCAGAAUACUGCAUUUAUAAUUGCAAAUAUGGAAGCAGAGUUGGAUCUAAAGAUAAAAGAACAACCUUCGAGGCCUUUUAAAUUGGCUCAUCAAAUAGUAAGCUUGACCGGCAUUAGUUUCGAGAGAAAAAGCAUAAUUGGUGCUGUUGAGCUGACCAUUGUUCCCACCAAGGAGAACCUACGUAUCAUACGUCUGAAUGCCAAACAGUGUCGCGUUUAUAGGGUACUACUCAACGAUGUCUGCGAGGCUGACUUUGUGUAUUUUGAUCCAUUCUUGGAUAUUUGUCAGGGAGAUGCGAAAACUCGCUGCUUGGAGACAUUCUCAAAAAGUCAUUUGAUUGCUGCUCAGAAAACCGAUCCCGAUGCUAAUUGUGGAGAGUUAUUGAUACAAAUUCCUCCCGAAGGCUAUCACAUGAUUCAGGAGGGACGAGGCCUACGUAUUGGCAUUGAGUUUUCUUUGGAAAAUCCCGAAGGUGGCAUUCAUUUUGUUAUACCACCCACAAGCGAAGAUGACCCUCAACCAAACAGCGCCCACAUGUAUACCCACUCCUAUGAGAAUUCGUCGCGUUUAUGGUUUCCCUGUGUGGACAGUUUCGCAGAUCCCUGUACUUGGAAGUUGGAGUUUACGGUCGAUAAGCAAUUGACUGCUGUUUCCUGUGGCGAGCUUAUGGAAGUUGUUAUGACUCCAGAUUUACGAAGGAAAACGUUUCAUUACUCAUUGAAUGUGCCAGUAUGUGCACCCAAUAUUGCCUUGGCUGUGGGCCCAUUUGAGAUAUACGUUGAUCCUCAUAUGCAUGAAGUGACUCAUUUUUGUCUGCCUCAAUUGCUGCCAUUGCUAAAGAAUACCGUGCGCUAUUUGCACGAAGCAUUUGAGUUUUUCGAAGAGACCUUGUCCACGCGCUAUCCCUUCUCGUGCUACAAACAGGUUUUUGUAGAUCAGGCUGAUGCGGAUAUAAGUGCUUAUGCCACCAUGAGCAUUGCUUCGGUGCAUCUUUUGCAUAGCAUAGCAAUAAUAGAUCAAACUUAUGUGUCGCGCACUCUAAUGUCCAGAGCUGUUGCGGAACAGUUUUUUGGCUGCUUUAUAACAUCACAUCAUUGGUCUGACACAUGGUUGGCCAAAGGUAUAGCUGAGUAUUUAUGUGGUCUGUAUUCUCGAAAAUGCUUUGGCAAUAAUGAAUAUCGAGAAUGGAUACAAAAAGAGCUUGCCAGAGUGGUGAAAUAUGAGGAGCAAUAUGGUGGCAUAAUUUUAGAUUGCAGUCAACCUCCUGCCCCAUUGCCUGUAAGUGGUACAAAUCCAGCGGCAGCUGCUGCCAAACAUCAGGAAAUUGUGCAUUAUUUUCCCAUUAAAAGUUUGCACACAGUCUCACCGAAAUAUGUGGAUGCCAUGCGAAAAAAGGCACAUUUGGUUAUACGCAUGCUGGAGCAUCGCAUUGGCCAAGAAUUGCUGAUACAGGUUUUCAACAAACAGUUGGCUUUGGCCACCAAUGCAGCUGGCACAAAAAUUGGUUCUGGCCUUUGGCAUCAUUUGCUUAUAUCCACCAAUAUUUUCAUUAAGGCCAUAUUCACUGUCACCGGCAAGGAUAUGUCUGUGUUCAUGGAUCAAUGGGUACGCACUGGUGGCCAUGCCAAAUUUUCUCUUACUUCGGUCUUCAAUCGCAAACGUAAUACAAUUGAAUUGGAAAUACGUCAGGAUUUUGUCAAUCAACGAGGCGUUCGAAAAUAUAAUGGCCCUCUGCUGGUGCAGUUACAGGAAUUGGAUGGUACAUUUAAACAUAUGCUGCAAAUAGAGAAUACUGUGGUAAAGGCAGAUAUAACAUGUCACUCCAAGAGUCGUCGUAAUAAGAAAAAGAAGAUUCCUUUGUGCACAGGUGAAGAGGUGGAUAUGGAUCUGUCACCAAUGGACGAUUCACCUGUUUUAUGGAUAAGACUGGAUCCGGAAAUGAUACUCAUAAGAGAUCUCAAUAUUGAACAACCCGACUUCCAAUGGCAAUUUCAAUUGCGACAUGAACGUGAUGUCACAGCUCAAUUUGAAGCCAUAAAGGCUUUGGAAAAAUAUCCCACACCUGCUACCAGAUCUGCUCUAACGGAUACCAUAGAGAGUGAGCAUUGUUUCUAUAAAGUGCGCUGUGAGGCAGCACAUUGUUUGACAAAGGUUGCUAAUCAAAUGGUUACGCAGUGGACAGGACCACCGGCCAUGUUGAAUAUAUUUCGUAAAUUCUUUGGAUCAUUUAGUGCGCCCCAUAUCAUCAAGCAAAAUAACUUUGCAAAUUUUCAAUUAUAUUUUUUGCAAAAAGUUAUACCGGUGGCCAUGGCGGGUUUGCGCACCUCCCAUGGCAUUUGCCCGGCAGAGGUCAUACGUUUCCUAUUUGAUCUUUUCAAAUACAAUGAUAAUACACGCAAUCACUACAGUGAUGUCUACUAUCGAUCUGCCUUAGUGGAUGCUUUGGGAAAUUCAAUUACCCCUGUAGUGUCGGUGGUCUUAAGAGGCACUCCCAUUACAUCAGACAGCCUCUCCACAGAUGCCAAGCUGGUUCUUGAAGAGGUCACACGUUUAUUGAAUUUGGAAAAACAUUUGCCUUCGUACAAGUACAUGGUAUCAGUUUCGUGUCUAAAAGUCAUCAGAAAAUUACAAAAGUGUGGCCAUUUACCAUCGCUGCCGAAAAUUUAUCGCUGCUAUGCUGCCUAUGGCCAAUAUCUGGAUUUACGUAUAGCAGCCAUGGAAUGCUUGGUGGAUUUUGUAAAGGUUGAUGGCAGGUGGGAGGAUUUGGAUCAUUUGAUAACUUUGCUGGAGACAGAUCCGGAUCCAGCGGCUCGCCAUGCUUUGGCUCAAUUGCUCAUAGAUAAUCCACCCUUUACCAGGGAGUCAAGAAGUCGUCUGGAUCGCCCAGAAUUGGUGGAGAGACUAUGGAAUAAUAUGAAUAAUCAAUUGGCAUUCGAUACUAAGUUACGUUGUGACAUGGUGGAUCUUUUUUAUGCUCUCUAUGGCAUCAAACGCCCUCUCUGCCUGCAAUCAGCGGAAAUGAAUAACAUGUACAAAGAGUUUGUCAGAGAAGGCAUCACAAAGAAGCCUUCAACUGUGGCAGCCUCCAUACCAAAACCUAUGCCAGAAAUUAAAACUGAAACUCGACGCGAGGAAAUUCAUGAGGAGCCAGACAGCAAACCUACGACUACUGCAGUUAAGCGCACUGCCAACGAAGCCUUUGAGUUACCGGAUGAUGAGGUUGUCAAAGUGGAGAGCCAUGAUGAAAUAACUGUGGUGAAUGAGCUCAUCAAAGAUGAAGUGUUUGAGGGCGAAGUAACCAAACUAGAGGUUACACAUGUUGAAACUGAUAACUAUGUGUCCGAGACGAAAAAAUUAAAAAGUGAAAUGUUCGAUGAGGACGAAAAUUCCGUUACCAUCAUUGACAUUUCGGAGACAACGGUAACACGCAUGGAUAGCAGCUUUGAUUCUUCAAAGGCGGAAGGAGAAUUUAAGCAAAAAAUGGAUGCAUCUUCAAAGCAGAAGAAAAAGAAGAAGGACAAAAAGAAGCACAAACACAAGCAUAAGCACAAGCACAACAGAGAAAAGGACAAGGAACGCGAGCGGCGAGAGAAGCGUGAUCCCAACAUUUCACGUUUGCAGACAAAAGAAGCUACUCCCGAAACCCUUAGCUCUGCCGAUAGCAGCAACAGCAACAGUAAUCCCCCAUUUAAUUUUCAUACAUAGCAUAGGUUUAUGAAUCACUCCAUAAAAUUUGAAUCGUUCUUAAUGAAGAAGUAGUCCUUCUAAAAACCCUUCUAAAACUAAGAAUUUUUAAGUAUAUCGUAUAUUGUAAAAGCUGCUUUAAAGUAAGCGCUCUAGUAAGGUCGUAUCAUUUGGUCUUUGCCAAAAGGUGUGGGACAAAUAUUCAUUACGGUUAAUAGCUGUAAACAACCAUUUGUAACUUAGAUACAACUUUUUUAUUGGGAUUUUUACUAUUUUAAUUCUACUUUUAUGGUAAUGUAACAUACACUGUUUUAAUAUACAUAAGACUUGCUGGCUUUUUCAAAGCCUUUUAGGUGUAAGCAUAGAAUUUAAUUUGGCGCUGCAAUGCUGCAAUUUCUAAAAAUUGCCCAAAAUUUCUAGUGAGUUAAGUGAAAUUGAUAAACAAUUUCGAAGAAAAAAUUGCAAUCCCAUGGCAGCCGGUUGCAAGUACUGGAUUGACCCGAUGAAGCCCUUCAUCGACAAGGGCUGCCACCUCAGUGUGGAACACACUGCUACAACAACAAGAAAAAAAUUAAAAAUAAUAAAUGUUACUCAUGUAAAUUGUA